CAUCGAUCAGUAAUUCCACCAUCAUCUCAAUAUCGAGACUAUCAAGAGAAAAGCUCCACGAGUGGAGGAAAGGCACGACAUCAUCCCCCAUCCAUAAGCUAAGGUAGCUACAUCGUCCGACAAUGUCGACUAAGCGUAUCACCAAGGAAUUUGCAGAGAUUUCUCAAAACCCGCCUGAGGGUUUCACUGUUUCCCUUCCACCAAACCAGUCCAUCCACACCUGGCAUGUAACCCUCACGGCACCCGAGUCAACUCCCUACUACCCAGGCAAAUUCGGAAUCCUCCUGACCCUGCCAACCGAAUACCCCUUCAAGCCGCCUGUCGUUAAGUUCGUCACUCGUAUCUAUCACCCCAAUGUCACAAACGAAAGCCCAGGCAACAUCUGCCUUGGCCUCCUCAAGCCCGAUUCCUGGAAACCCAGCACGAAGCUCUCCGCCGUUCUUGAGGCCCUUCGUAAUCUCCUAAUUGAGCCCCAGAUCGACAGCCCUCUCGAGGAGCGCAUUGCUCAAGAAUAUCAGACCAACCGUACCGAGUUUGAUAAAGCCGCCAAAACCCAGGCUGAGCAGUAUGCAAUGGGCUCACCUGUUUUCCCUACAGUUGCCUAGAAUGACAGCGAUGGAAACAACAGGGGCAGCGACGAAGUACCACGACCCCGCGGUAUAGAUGCCGCUCCUGCACCUCCUGCUCCU